ACUCAACCACUUUUCUAUUUAAUAAACAAAUACAAAACCAUAUGCAAUCACUCACCCGUUCAAAAUAUUAUAAUCCAUCUGCUCCAUUAAAUCUUUAAGCACAGGAGAAAUAUAAUGGCAAAAUAUCGCUCUCCAAACAACCACCGUAUAUUUUCUGUGUGGAUCCGUAACAGUUGUCACAAGUCGCAACAGGUAAACUAUAUCUGUAAAAGUCUGAGAGGUGAAGCUCCGAUUUGCUUACAUUUGAGAAUCAAUAAUUUAUAUUUUUCUUUAUAGUUUGUGAUGAACGCGCCAGGCAAAUUGAAUGAGCUUUUUUUUUUCUUCUUUUCUUUUCUUUUUUCUGUCUUAAUUCUCAAAGCCUAUAUAUAGAGGGGGUUAACACAAACUUUUCAUUCAAGUUCAACGCUCUCUCUCUCUUACUCACAGCAGCUUUCUGCUUUCUGUAAUUGAGUAACUCUUUUGCAAGGAAGCUAGCUAUGGGUAUUGAGAUUGAGCAACCUUGUGUGGAGCUUUCAAAUGUUGCAGUUUCUGAAACUCAUGGAGAAGAUUCUCCUUACUUUGCUGGGUGGAAAGCCUAUGAUGAGAACCCCUACGAUGAAUUGUCCAAUCCCUCAGGGGUUAUACAAAUGGGGUUGGCAGAGAAUCAAGUUUCAUUUGAUUUACUUGAAAAGUACUUGGAAGAACACCCAGAAGCUUCCACAUGGGGAAAAGGUGCUCCUGGUUUCAGAGAGAAUGCUUUGUUUCAAGACUAUCAUGGGCUUAAAACCUUCAGAACUGCAAUGGCAACCUUCAUGGAAAAAGUAAGAGGAGGGAGAGUAAAAUUUGACCCUCAAAGAGUAGUCCUCACUGCAGGUGCAACUGCAGCCAACGAACUCUUAACCUUCAUUCUUGCAAACCCCGGAGAUGCUUUACUUGUUCCAACCCCAUACUAUCCUGGAUUUGAUAGAGAUUUAAGGUGGAGAACUGGGGUGAACAUAGUUCCCAUCCACUGUGACAGCUUAAACAAUUUCCAGAUCACUCCUGAAGCCUUAGAGUGCGCAUACAAAGAUGCAGAAGCCAUGAACUUCAAAGUGAGGGGAGUGCUGAUCACAAACCCUUCAAAUCCAUUAGGUAUAACAAUCCCACGUUCGGUUCUGGAGGAGAUUCUGGACUUCGUGACACGCAAGAACAUCCACCUGGUCUCAGACGAAAUCUACUCAGGCUCGGUGUUCUCCUCCUCGGAGUUCACAAGCGUGGCAGAGAUCCUCGAGGGUCGCGAAUAUAAAAACGCAGAGAGAGUUCACAUUGUUUAUAGCCUCUCCAAAGACCUUGGCCUCCCUGGUUUCAGAGUUGGCACCAUUUACUCUUACAACGACAAGGUGGUGACCACAGCGAGGAGGAUGUCGAGUUUCACCUUGAUAUCUUCUCAGACACAGCACUUGUUAGCUUCUAUGUUGUCGGAUGAGAAGUUCACUGAGAACUACAUUGAGACCAACAGAGAGAGGCUGAGGAAGAGGUAUGAAAUGAUCAUUGAAGGGUUGAGAAGUGCGGGGAUAGAGUGCUUGAAGGGAAAUGCAGGGUUGUUUUGCUGGAUGAAUAUGAGUCCACUGUUGGAGAAGCCAACAAGGGAAGGUGAAUUGAAGCUUUGGAACGCUAUUCUGCAUCAAGUCAAGCUCAAUAUCUCACCAGGCUCUUCUUGCCAUUCUUCUGAACCAGGUUGGUUCAGGGUUUGCUUCGCUAAUAUGACUGAGCACACGCUGGAAAUUGCAUUGCAGAGAAUACGUCACUUCGUGGAACGAAUAAGGACACAAACAGAAAGCGUCUAAAAAUAUAUAUAUUUAAUUAAUUUCCAUUACUUAAUCAAUUUAUUUAUCUCUAUUAUUAUUAAUCUUUUUUUUUUCUUUUUUCUUUUUUCGAAUGGUUCAGUACUGGCCAUUUUGAUAAAUUCUUUAUUCGGGUGUAAAGCUGAUUCAACUGGAUCAAUCCUUGUUUGCUUGCUUUACCUAAGCAAGUUCUUUAGAAAUGUAUGUCUUCUGUAACAGUAUCAUUAUUGAAGGGAAUUACCAAUGAUAAUGGACCAAAUCUUUGUCAUUAAAUUAUUAAUCCUUGGACUCGGUACUACCAGUUUCUCUGA